AUGUCCAUGCAGGCAGUCUUGAGUGACUUUGCCUUGCAAGCCAUACACAAAACCAGACCGAAUCCAAUUACGGCCCCAACCCACCGCAAGGCUAACGUCUCAACCCCAACCAACACACCCUUGGUUGCCCUUGGUGAGCGUGUCAUAGCAACACUCUCCAACGCCCCCCUCGGCUGCGCCCUGGCCCGUCCUGCCUCCUUCGCAAGCUCCGGUCUGAGCUCUGCCAAGCGCCCCCGAGUUCCUCAGAUUCGUCUACUCGCAGAACCCAAACCUGAAAGCCAAUAA